AUGGCAGACCAACAGAAGCUGCGCGUCGCCAUCAUUGGCGCUGGCCCAGCGGGCUUGGGGGCGGCCAUUGAAUUUGGGAAGCUGCCUUUUGUCGAUUUCAGAAUUUAUGACCAGGCCACCGUUCUACGCGAGGUCGGGACAGGUAUAAGCAUCCAGCCAAACACAUGGCGCAUGUUGGAUGUGAUGGACGCAUCGCGCAAUAUCAGUCCUGACGAGAUCUUUCGCCCUGCCGAUCACCACUCUGUGCAACACCGCAAGUAUUCCGAGUCAUCUACAUGCACGCGCGUUUCGUUCGGUUCUACAAAAGGCACUUUUGUCAAAUAUAGAUCAAUCGCGCCUCCGGCUAUCCUCUCGGUUGUCAGGGCUUUCGCCUUUCCCGAGCACAAGAUCUCAUAUAUAGGCAGGACGGCGUAUCGGGGAAUCGUCCCAACAGCGGAAAUCCUCAGUAUCCCAAAUUUCCCAGAUGGGGUGACUUUCUGGCACGGGCCCACAGACUGGGUAUACACCUGCAAUCUGAAUGGAGGCAACUAUGAAAUCACAGUCAAUGCCAAAGAGUCUGCAGAUGUUGCCCGGGUGAGCUGGGGCGAGAAAGCAACCCUGGAGGAAUUUCAAAGACCGUGGAAAGACUUCGGACCUACUGUUCAGGCGGUUAUCAACAAAGUUACCGAUGUGCAGAAAUUCGCCCUGUUUGCUGGUCCCCGUCUUAGCUCCGUCGUAGCCCGCGGUGCUGUUGCUCUGGUUGGGGAUGCAUCUCAUCCAUUAUCCGGGGCAUUCGGAAAUGGUGCUGGGUUCGCUCUUGAGGAUAGCUACGCUUUAGCACAGUCGGUCGCCUGGGCACACCGACGCGGGCAUACUUUGAAAGACGGCCUUACUUUGUACGACUGCGUACGAUCGCCGCAUUACGAGGAAAUGUAUAAAAUCUUGGACGCGUUCGCGGCAUCGGACGCCAUCCUGAAUGAAAAGGACUUUUCGUUUGACGAAGCCGUCGCACAUACCAUUCGCGGUAAAUGGGGCGCGGAGCACUUUUGGCUCUACGAGUAUGAUAUUCAAGACGUGUGGAAGAAGGCUGCUGAGGCAGAGGAUGGCCGUCGCGUGGCGUUGGAUACGAGCCAUCGUGAAAGCAUUACAGUCAAGUUUGCAUCGUAA